GAAUAUAAAUAGAGCAGAGAGGCGACAAUGCAAGUGUAAGAGCAGCAUCUCCUGAUAACAACCGCUGGAGAAAAAAAAAUUGGAAGCAGAGAUGAUGAAGCUUUUGAAUUUGUUCAUAACUUCAUCAAAACCAGUAGUGGAGAUUCUCCUGAUAACAAUAGUUGGAUUCUAUUUGGCUCUUGAUGGAGUCAAUCUUCUUGGUCAAGAUGCUCGCAAAUAUUUGAACAAUAUUGUCUUCUAUGUGUUUAGUCCUUCACUUAUUGGAAGCCGUUUAGCUGAUAGUGUUACAUAUGAAAGCUUGGUGAAAAUGUGGUUCAUGCCAGUUAAUGUUCUGCUAACAUUCAUCAUUGGUUCGUUAUUAGGCUGGAUUGUUAUUGUCAUCACUAAGCCUCCUUCCCAUCUUCGUGGACUCAUUGUUGGUUGCUGUGCUGCUGGGAACUUGGGAAACAUGCCACUAAUCAUAGUCCCAGCUAUUUGUAAAGAAAGAGGAGGUCCUUUUGGAGAUCCUGAGAAUUGCCAGAAGUAUGGAAUGGGUUAUGUUGCACUCUCCAUGGCUAUGGGAUCAGUUUAUAUAUGGACUUACGUCUACAAUCUUAUGCGGGUACUAAACUCUCCCAUUGAAACACAACCUUCUAUUGAAUCCAACUAUGAUACCUGCAAAGUCCCACUGAUUCCCUCUAAAGAAGAAGAAGAUAACCAAAAGGCUGGGAGGUGGGACAGAAUCAAGAGAAGAAUAGUUUCACUGUCGGAGAAAGUCAACUUAAGGACGAUAUUUGCUCCAUCAACUAUUGCUGCGAUGAUCGCGCUUGUGAUCGGUCUCAUUACUCCAUUAAGGAAGCUAAUAAUCGGCAACGGAGCUCCUCUUGGAGUGCUUCAAGACUCAGUAACUCUAGUGGGAGAUGGAGCCAUUCCUGCUAUGACCUUGAUCAUUGGAGGAAACUUACUCAAAGGUAUGAGGAGUUCAGGAAUGAAAAAAUCCACCAUCGUCGGUGUCUUGGUUGCACGUUACAUUCUCCUACCUAUAAGUGGUGUGUUAAUCGUAAGAGGAGCAUACAAGUUGGACAUGAUUCCCUCAGAGCCCUUGUACCAGUUCGUUCUGCUUAUUCAGUAUGCUGUCCCUCCAGCUAUGAAUCUAGGUACAAUAACUCAGUUAUUCGGAGCAGGUGAAAGUGAAUGCUCAGUGAUUAUGUUAUGGACUUACGCUUUGGCUUCUGUUUCACUCACUGCUUGGCCUACGUUCUUCAUGUGGCUUGUGGCUUAAAACCACCACACUAGAUCAUGUCUACUGUUUUGAACAUCUUAGAUCAUUAGAUCAUGUAUCAUUAUAGAAUAGAUAAGUUUUCUUAAAAAACGUUGAAAGCUAAUAAAGCCUUUGAUACAAA